CCUCGGCCCGGCCGCUCCGCCGCUGCUGGCCCCGCCCCCGCCGGAGGCUUCUUCCCUUCCGCUUCCGCCCCGCCCGUCGGCCCCUUGCCCCGCACCAAGAUGGCGGAGGCCGCCUCGCGCCCAGGGUCCGUGUGGAGCCAGAGCCUGGAGCGCCCCCUGGCGGCAGCUGCCCUGGCGUGAGGGGCCCAGCACCUUCCCCCCACCUUGGGCAGGCAACAAGCCGGCAGUUCCCAGUCCCUUUGGCUGUGCUCUCCCCCAGUGAGGGCGCGGCCGCCCCAUGGCAGAGAAGGGCCCCUGCCCCGGGCUGGACGCCUCCCUGCGCAGCGAGGACCUGCUCAGCGACAUGGAGCCGCUGCCCCUCUCGGUCCCAGCUACGCCGGCCCAGCCCUUCGGCUCCGAGGUGACGGCCCAGCUCUACGCCUCCCUGCACCGCAGCCGUCAGGCCGAGCUGGACGCCUGCUCCCAGCUGCAGCCGCCCGACCUGGAGGCCCUGGCCGAGGAGCUGAGCCGCACGCUCUCGGCCGGGGUGGAGGCUAGCGCCCGCAGGAAGCAGGGCGGGGAGUCGCGGCAUGUGGCCGAGAUGGAGACCGUGAGGUCGCGCCUGCGGACCAUGCUGCAGGAUUCCCGGGAGCUGCCCCCUGGGGGCGCCCUUGGCCUGGGGACGGUGGAGCGGAAGGAUGAUGACGACUCCUUUGAGAGCGACAGCACCACUGCCCUCCUCGCUGCCAGGCCCCUGCAGGAGCUGUCCCCGUCCGGCUCGGUAUGUGGCCUGGAGGAGCUGUUUCCCCGCUACGCCAGCCUGCGCAUGGGCACACCCCCUGAGCCCGCGCCCGCCACGGAGCCCCUGCUGCUGAAGGAGGCGCUGGCCAAGGAACGGGCCCGCAGGAAGCACUGUGAGCGGCACGUGCAAGGCCUGCAGACCCGAGCCCUGGAGCUGCAGCAGCAGCUGGCCGCAGCCAUCUGCGCUGACAUGAAGAAGGACAGUAUGAUCGAGCAGCUGGACAAGACGCUGGCCAAGGUGGUGGAGGGCUGGAACCGGCAGGAGGCAGAGCGGACGGAGCUGCUGCGGGGGCUGCAGGCGGAGAAGGAGGCGGUGCAGCGGGCACUGAGCGAGCAGCGGGAGAGGGUGUCUCAGCUGGAGGCGCGGCUGGAGCAGGCGCUGGAGGACCUGAGCCGGGAGCAGCAGGCGGCGAGACAGCAGCGCGAGGAGGCAGCAGUGCUGCAGGAGGAGAAGGCGGGGCUGCUGCGGAGCCUGGAGGCGGAGCGCCAGCGGGGGCGGGGGCUGCAGGCGGAGCGGGAGCAGGGGCAGCGCCAGCUGGAGGCGCUGCGGGCCACGUUGGAGGAGCAGCAGGCGGGCUGGGCGCAGCGGGAGCGCCAGCUGGAGCAGCGUUGCCAGACCCUGCGGGAUGAGAGCAUUGGACAGCUGGAGCGAGAGAAGGCGGCCGUGCAGCGGGAGGCCCAGCGCGCCACAGACGCCCAGCAGGUCCUGGCCUCAGUGCAGGCCGACUCCCAGCGCCUGGAGAGCGAGCUAGAGGCGGCACGGAGCGAGCGGGACGGGCUGCAGAUGGAGAUCAGCCUGGUGAAGGCGCGGUGCGAGGCCCAGAAGGCGAAGCUGGAGGCGGAGCUGAAGGUGGCGCUGGAGCAGCAGGUGACGGAGCGGCUGGCGCGGGUGCAUGAAGACAGCCUGCGCCAGACAGGCGCCAUGCGGGAGCAGCACAGGAAGCAGCUCCUGGAGCUCAGCGGGCACCACGAGCGGGAGUUGGGCAGUCAGCUGGCUCAGUUCCGGGCUGAGCUGGCAGAGCGCGAGGAGCGUCAGCGGCACCUGGUCGAGGACUACGAGCUGAGGCUGGCCCGGCAAGAGGAGGCGGUGCGGGAGCUGCAGGCCGGGAAGCGGCGGCUGGAAGCCCAGCGAGCUGACAUGGUGGCCCGGCUCCAGGCCAUGAUGCAGUCGCACUGGAAUGAGGCCCUGCGCGUGCUGACUGGAGAUCCCUCCUCGCAGUCCCCCACCAAGGGCCCCCGCCAGCCUCCCGUCUCCGACGCCGCCUCCCUGUCGGAGCCGGAGCGCCUGGGCCCGCCCCCCAGCCCCGCCCUGCCCGGGAAGCUGGAGAGCUGGCAGGGGGACCCCUGCAGCGGUGCCGGGGAUGGCGAAGCGGGGGGCUGGGCCUUCGCCCAAGCAGUGCCCCUGCAGCCCAUCACCCAGCGCAGCUCCCUGCCGGCGGCGCGGGGCCCCGAGCGCUUCCUGCCCCUGGUGCCCAGCGGGUACGUCUCCUCCGAGCUGGCACAGCUCCUGAACCAGAGCCUCCGGAGCCAGCCGGGCUUCCAGCCGCUGGAGCCUCAGCUUGAUGACUCCGCCGGGCCAGGGCUGAGCUUGCACCCUCCUCACCUGGCGGAGCACCCGUACCUCGAGGACGAGGGGGGGCCCAGCGAUGGCGAGACCCCCCCGAACAGCAGCCUGGAGAGUGGGGGGCAGGUUCCCCCCGGCCAGCUGCACUCGGAGCUUCAGUACUAUAUGGCACUGCUGCUGGAUCAGAUGCCGAGUGACCCCCGCAGUCAGGAGAGGCUGGGGGCUGUGAGCCCCCCCCGCCCCACGGGCCAGGCCCAGCCCCACGGCCAGCCAGGCUUGGCCCGGGAGGACCAUCCCUCGCUGUGGGAGACGCUCCGGCCCCACGGCCCCCAGCGCGCGCCCCCCACUGCCGCCGCCGUGCAGAAGACCAAGGUGCCGCUCGCCAAAGCCAGCUACGGGCAGCGGAACCUGGAGCCGCCGAGCCCCCCGCAGCGCCCAGCUGGGGACGAGAGGGGCAUCUUGUCCCCGCGGCAGGUGGCUGAGGUCUCCCACCUGCUGCGGCUGUACCAGGCCAAGGGCCGCGUGGCCCCCUCUUCCGAGGAGCUGUUCGCCUACCUGCGCUCCGGCGACAGCAGCGGGCCCGACGUGAAGGGCGACGGGGGCCACGUGAACCCGGCCACCCGGAGGAACCUUGACCCCAGGCUGCCUGAGGCCGGCAGGAGAGAGGUGGGUCCCACCCGGCGCCCGUCCAGCGGCCGGCCCGGCCCCGAGAAGACCCACGGCCUUGGCAAGGGCGGGCGGAAGGCGGCCCACCUUGGCCCCCGCGCCGGCAGGGGGGGCGGUGUGUGGAGAUGAAGCAGGGUCCCUGUGGGCGUCCUGAUGCCUUCACAUCCUGCACCCCUGGGUAAAGCACCCCCCGGGCCCAGACACCCCCCCCCGGGCCCAGGGGUCUCCCCGUUCUCACCCCCAGUUCACAGGUUAUGUUGCUGCCAGGGUGGCACAUGGGGCAGCAGGGCAGGGCUGCCCCCCAUCCGCACUGUGUUGCGUUGCUCUAAGUUAUUGCCCUCCUGUUGGGGCGCUGUUGGUUAGUUUUCUAAAUAAAGAAGAGUUGGUUUUGCA